UGUCAACACAUGGCAAUUGGGCGGUGAAGUCGCAAGCACAUAUCGACAUGUUUAUUAACACUAAUAAUCAAUUUACCAUGUAUUUGUUUUCGCGAAGUUGAACAUAUCUUUGGAAGGAGCUGCAAAACGCUGGGACACAACACUGCCCACGUUAUUCGGUGUCAGUGUUGGAGUUUUGGCGCGCCUGAACGUAAUUGGGAGGACAUCAGACUCAUCAUCGGUGGUAUGAGGAAAGGAUGGCGAGCAGCACGCACAUUUUCCAGAUCUCUGGGAUCAAGACCCGUGAGAAGAAGAGAGUUUUGGUCCAGUGCAUCCAGCAGCUGGGGGGAACAUACAUGGGUGGCUCUGUCUAUCAGCAUGCCAGCACCCAUCUCAUAGUGCCUCAGGUUUUGUCCAGUGAGAAGUUUUUGGCAGCCUGUGCUGCAGGAAAGUGGGUUGUGACUCCAGAAUACGUGCUGGACAGUUUUAAGCAUGGCUCCUGGCUCGCAGAGGGACCCUAUGAAGUUGCCUUUUCCACAGGUGCCACGUCUCCCUUCUACCCUGUCAGGCAGUGGAGGGAGAAGGUGGCCAGUGGGAGGCUAGCGGGAGCCUUCCAGGGCUGGAGGGUGCUCCUCAUGGUCCAGGAACCCACACGCAGGGCCAUGUUCAGACGGCUUCUAAAAGCAGGCAGGGCAAAAGUAUACCGAUGCCCUCCUCCUUCUCAUGCCUCUGUCACACAUGUCAUGGCGAAACCCUUCACUGGGGACACAAAAUCCCAUAAUGCUCCUUGCUACCCUGUAAGCCACAUUGUCCAGCACCUCUUUGGGAGCAACUGCGUGGAUAUGUUUGACAUAAACAGUGAUCAUGCUGCAUCAGAGACGAAGAAGGCCAACUUUGUGGAUAUCUCUAGCCUGGAAACAGAACUCAGGGACUAUGUCAUCAAACAGGAGAGUCGCCCGAGACUGUGCUUCCUUGAAUUUAUGGGUUACCAUGACCCAUACCGUCCACAGUUCCAGGCUACAGAAACAGACUUCAGCAACGUUGGUACUAUGAUAGAGUGCGGCCUCUUCAUUGAAGCCUUGGAAUCAAUCAGAAGUGCUGUGUUCCCCGGCCUGCUGCCACCAGUGCCAUACCUGAUCUCCCUCUUAGAAUACGUACAGCAGGGUAACGCCACAUCUGUCUUCCUGAGAAAUUUCCAGCAGGUUAUGUGUAACCUGCUUAUUACCAAUCCUCCCUGGCUGGCUCCCAGCAAAGUGAAAAAAUAUUUCACUCAGGUGUUGCAGUGUCCUCGGUGUAAAACGGGCCUGUGGCCUUUUCUCCAGACAGCCAUCAGUUACUGCCUGUCCAGUGAGGUCACUUGUCACCCGCUCCCUGGACCUGCCUUGCCAACACUGUUACAAUUCCACAGUGACCUCCUGGCAUUUUUCCUCAAGCUCUUCCAGGGGGAACUCUACGCUGUCUCCGCCGGUGAUUUUGUGCUGCUUCAGGAAACCGGAGCCUCCCAGGCUUCAGCAUCAGGAUCUUUGCUGUAUGGAACCUUUUGGACUGUAUGGGAGCGCACCACGCUGUUGUCCCGAGCUGUGAAACAACUAACCCAGCUCUUGGUGCAGGCUGUCAUUGAGGACUGCGCUGAGAAUGAUGAGAAGCAGAGACUGUGUUUGGUGGAUACCCUGCUGGACCUCCUGUCUGUGCUGGUGGAGUUCUGGUGUCAGCAGCACUUCAAACUCAACCAGAGUCUGGUGGAGAAGGGUCUAAAAGACCUCGCGGAGCACUUCGCUGUUAUCAGCCAGGAUGUGUCUCCGUUGGCUCUGGCAGAGCUGGUUGUCAAGAUUCAAUCUACCAGACUUAAGUUGGUGAUAGCAGAUGCCAUAUUCAGAAGUCUUUGCUGCAGAAAUGGAUUCACAGUUGGAGAUGAACCCCUCUCUCUCAAGAAAAUGGUAAUGUCCUACCUGCCUGCUCUGGGAAGUUUAGCUCAGAGUCCCAUGGGUGCUUGCCUCAGGACCGGACCCACCUCCCACAGCUGCACGAGCCAGGGGACCGGCAGCAGUGCUCAGAGCUCUUUGGUGAAAGAAACAAGCCCGGAGAAUGAGAACGUCCCCAGAGGUUUGAACAGAGUCAACGCAGCAGGAGAGACCCUCCUCCACAGAGCUUGCAAGAGGAACCAAGUGGAAACAGUGCUUCAGAUCCUGGCGCUUCCUGGCACGGACGUCAACGUUAAAGACCACGCAGGCUGGACGCCACUGCAUGAAGCGUGCAACCACGGCAGCACUGCAUGUGUGGAGGCUUUGCUACGUCACCGCCCUGCCCCUGUGCUUAAUAGCCAGGUGGGUGGAGUUAGUCCACUGUACGACGCCCUCCUAAACGAACACAUGGACAUCGCCAAAAUGCUACUGGAGCAUGCAGGCUCAGUUCUCCUGCAGCAGACUAAUGGAAACGGGCAGACUGCGCUGGAUCUGGUCUCUGCAACAAGUCAGAGGGAGGAGCUCCUCCACAGCGCGCACGUCGGAGACUCAGCCCUGAGAAAUGACUCGACUGAGGUCUUGAACCUGCCCCUCCUGGAGGUCGGAUCCACUUUGCUGGCCCACCUCAUUUUCUCCUACCAGCAAGAAAGGGGCCUGCCCAGCCACAAGCAGCCCAGCCACAAGUCCCACAGCCUGGGCCACACGCUGGUCAGGGCCCUGGAGACACAUUCCCACCAAAAAGUGAUUUUGGGCUGGACAGACCAGCGGGCAGUGAGGCUGGUGGAGGACGCAGAGACACUGCUGGAGCUCGGCCGAGGGAGUUACCUAGAGCAGGUGUCUCGGCCAGUGAAACUGUGCACAGGGGAGAAUACACUGUUCCUACUAAAGAUACUGGAGGAUCUUAAGUGUCGGGGGGAAGCGCUCGUGGCUGACCUGUGACAUGGGAUCAAUAGACAACACACCGGAAAAGCUUGAAACUUGAAUGUGCAACCUGUGAUUGACAUGCUCACAAAAGGGCAUCUUACUCAGUUAUAUACAAUAGUUUAUUAUUGGCAGUUUAUGACAGUUUAAAAUGUCUAUACAGGCAGCAAACACCUUCUGGCCUUAUGUGUAUGUACGCCUGCAAAAUAAUGAGCCUUCUCCCGUCUUUCCAUUCAGGUAAAUGGGUAAGCAUGUGUUUUUGAAGUUUUAUGUUCAUUUCUAUAGAGAAACAGUUCUAUACUUUGAUUAUAAAUACGACAUAGUUUGGAUUUAUUUCACCAACUUGUUUUAUAUUCCUCAAAUGUAAAUAUUUUCCUAAAAAAUAUGUAUUUAUUUUGAAUGCUCUGAGUUGCAUGUAUUUAUGGUAACACACUUUUCUGUAUAGACUGUGUCUACCUCAAGUUCUAGUUUUCUACUGCCACUUUGUUUGAAUAUAAAAGUUUGUUUCACAUUAAAUAUUAUUUUUAACAAAAUAAAUGAA